GAACUGCAUAGACGGGUGAUCCAACUGGAACGGGAGCUGGUGGAGACUCAGUUUACAAAUUUUUGUAUGGUGAGCAGGCUCGUUUUUUUGGUGAUGAGAUUCAUCUCGAUUUAAAACAUUCAAAGACUGGUACAGUUGCUAUGGCCAGUGCUGGAGAGAAUCUCAAUGCUUCCCAGUUCUAUAUCACACUACGUGAUGAUCUGGACUAUCUUGAUGGAAAGCACACUGUUUUUGGUGAAGUUGCUGAGGGGUUCGACACUUUGACUAGGAUAAAUGAAGCUUUUGUCGAUACGAAAAACAAACCAUAUAAAAAUGUUAGAAUUAAACACACUUAUAUACUGGAAGACCCUUUUGAUGAUCCCCCGCAACUUGCUGAGUUGAUACCUGAUGCUUCUCCUGAAGGAAAACCAAAGGAAGAGGUUGAGGAUGAUGUACGGCUUGAAGAUGAUUGGGUUCCAAUGGACGAACAACUAGGUCCUCAGGAGCUUGAGGAGGUUCUUCGUGAGAAAGCUGCACAUUCUAGUGCUGUUGUACUUGAAACUAUCGGGGAUAUUCCAGCAGCUGAGAUAAAGCCUCCUGAUAACGUGCUUUUCGUCUGUAAACUGAAUCCUGUGACCGAGGAUGAGGAUCUCCACACCAUUUUUUCACGUUUUGGAACUGUCAUAUCGGCUGAGGUAAUUCGUGUUGAUAAGUGUCCCACAUUGGAAAAAAAGAGGGAUUUGGGGCCAAUAUAUAAGGAGGGCCAAACCUCCACUCUUAAGCUAGUUUUUGUGGUGGAGUUAGGGCCCAAAUUGUAUCAAUUGAUAUCAGAGCCAUGA